GAACGGGUGGAAUGUUGUACGGCUUGAUAUGUUGUCUGUUUGGGAUACCAUGUGUUUACUCAUGCACAUUCCGGGCCAAGAUCCGAAGCAAAUUCGGGUUACCGGAUGCUCCAGCUCCAGAUUGGAUCACCCAUUGCUUCUGUGAAUAUUGUGCACUUUGCCAAGAAUAUCGUGAGCUCAAGAACCGUGGCCUUGAUCCUGCCAUUGGAUGGAGUGGGAAUGUGCAAAGGCAGAGAAUGGGACAGCAACAAGAGAUGAUGGCUCCUCCCAUGGGUCAACGGAUGAUGGGUUGACUUAUUGUAAAUUUUAUUACACAACAUCCAUUUGUAAUAUUAUUUGUGUUUGUUUCGUUUUACAUAAUUUAUUGUGCCACCAAGAAAUAAAUGUCAACUAGGCUUGUCGAUGACGACUUUCGUGGUAUGCAUGAACUGAUCUCUGUUGUUAUGAGAAAAUCUUUGCUACAAUUUCUCUAUAUUAUCAUAUCACUGUUACAU